UGGAAUGUAUGUAAUUCCUUCUUGAACAAAAAUGGCCGCCUAUACCAUAGUGGCUUUGUGGUGCGUUCGGAGGAUCAAAAGAUGUAUUCCCGUGCUAUUGUAGUGCAAUUUUCUGCUAAAUUUAACUUGGAUAAUUAAAGCCAAAUUGUCUUUCAAACCCUGUUGAAUCAAUAGCAUCGAGUGAAAGAAUCGAAUAUGAGAUAAAGACGUGUUUCUCUCAGUGAAAUAUUUUUGCGGUUCGUGAGUAUGAUCCUUUCUGCAGCCCCGACUGUCUUCAAGCAGAGAGCGCCAGUACCACAGUGUCAACGAGAUUGUUGGAAGGAGAAAACAACCCAAGAUAGACCAAGUAAUAAACAACAGCUGACCAUUAUUGCCUUGAAUAUUCGGGCUAGAUUUACAUGCGAGAAAUAGACGAUACCGUCGAGCCCUUCAAAAUAUGACUUUUGUGUCUCGUAACCAUGGAAUUUUUACCUUCUUUGCGAAGUUUUACGUUCGGUGCAGGAAGUGGAGGCGGAAGGAACACAUACGGAGGAAGCGAUUGUGUAAUCGGCCAUCCGGCUUAUUUUCACCGUUCUUAUUUGGAAUUUCUCUUAUAUUUUGGAAUAUAUUUGGAGUUUAUGCAUCUUCAGGAGUAACUACGAUGAGCAACAAAAAUAAUUUCAAUUCAACAACCAAAAUUGAUAAUGAUACAAACAAUAACAAAGAACGUUCUUUAACAACAACAUUGUCUUUGGGCACAGAAAUAAUAACAGUGACAUCUACAUGUGAAGAUAAAACAUGUUCUAUCUCUAUGCCUAGUGAACCUAGGCCUAGUGAUAAUGAUUGCCCUUCAGCUGCUCCCUGUGAUGUAGGCCUAGAUUUUUCUGUGUGCAAUAUGAACAUUAACAUGACUGAGAGUGAAAGAACAAGAAAAGCUUGUAAGAAUGAUAACUACAACUAUACCUGUGUAUUACUAUUAAAUCAUACCAAUGAUUUGGGUGACAAGAAGGAAUAUUGCCCUGCACAGAGGUGCUUGGAUCUCGCAUUAAAUUCAUAUAAUUGUUGUGCUAAAUGUUUAUGUGAGACAAGAGAAAAAGAUAUUCUCUCACAGAAAAGUCUAACCAAAUUUUCAAAUAUUUUAUCACGAGUUGAUUGUAAGCGCUCAUAUUCUCUGUGGAAUUGUACACAAUGUAAGGCUGUAUAUAGGGAUUGGUUGUGUGCGACUCACGGGCUAUAUCAAUUUGAAAACGAAACGAAACCCUGUCUAGAUAUGUGCACGUCUGUUAUGUCUCAUUGCCCUUACCUUGUACCCAGCAAGCUCUACGGUGGCUCCCCUUCAUUUCUUUGUCCAGAAUUUUCUGAUUUGACUUCUAAAGAUCAAUAUGCACAUGGAGGACAAUGCUUCAAAUGUAGAGGAGCAGAACUCGAGCCCCCAUCAGAUAAUAACUACAGUGUUGACCAGCCUUGCGAGUACAUCAUAGCAACCAGUGGAUCUAGAUCAGUGGCCAUAAAAUUUGUCUUACCUGUUUGGCUUAUUUUUCUGAUGCGAAUUUGUGUAUAUUUUAACACUGCCAGCUAUUCAUAGCAAAAAAAGAGUUUGCUCAUUAACCUCAUUAUUAAUGAUCUCCAGAGUUUGCCAGCCAAAUGCUUUUUGGCAGAGUUCUCUCCAAGCAAAUGCUUAUUGGCCGAGAGUUCUUCAGUCAAAAUGCUGGUUGGCACUGUGCUACAGUCGAGACGAUUGUUGGUACAGGUUCUCCAGCCGAAUGCCUGUUUACCACAGAGUUCAUUAGCCAAAUGCGUAUUGGUACAGAGUUCUUCAGUCAAAAUGCUUGUUGGCACAGUUCUCUAGUCCAAAUGCUUGUUGGCUUUAUGUUCUCCAGUCGAUGAUUGUUAGCUCCGUGUUCUCCAGCCAAGUGUCUGUUGUCAGAGUUCUCCGGUCAAUAUGUUUCUUGGCAUAGUGUUCUCAAGCGAGAUGCUUAAUUCACUAGUAUGCAGUGAUGAUACUGGUUGAUGGUUGCUCUAGUGGGGAAAAUUUCCAGUUACUAGUUGUCAGAGACACCAAUCCUUUUAGGUUAAUGGAUGCCAAAUACAUCACAGGUGUCACCAAUUGAUAAGAAAGAACCUCACCAGCUCUAACAUCUAAAGUUUGCUGGGGUCUAGCAAUGACAGCUCUGUAUUUUUUUGCAGAUCAUUUGAUAUCAAUGACCGAUUUUUCGCAUGAGAGUACUGUAUUUGAAACCAUAUCAGCAAACCUCAAAGGAGACUAUAACGUCAGGCCAAAUUCCCAUAAGAAAGGGAUGAAGAGUGGUGUAUAUCUCUUCCCAGCCUAAAGUACUGGUAAUUGUUUAUUGAUAUUUGUUAUUAAGUGAACAUAGGAUGGCAAAGAUUCCUGUUGAUCCGGGAAGUAGUGCUGUAUCUAGAACUUUGAUAUUCAGUAAGUAGAAAGUAUAGAAAGAAAAUAAAUGUUGUGUAAAAUUCUUAAACCAAAUUGGGAUAUACAGCCAUAUAGACAUUGUUGAGUUGUUUCCUAUACCUGGGUAUAAAAUCGUAUGAAGUUACACCAUCUGACAAUCAAAGUUCUAAAAAUUCUUGAUAAUCAGGGAAGUAUACUAAAAAAAAUAUAAUAUAGUGACAUUUAUAGUGACAUUUAUAGUGACGUUUUUGUAUAUAAAUCUCUGUCCACGCUAUUAAGCUUUUGUGACAAAUGUCUAUGAUGUCAUAUCCCACCCAUAUACUGUAGGUGGUGAUAUAUAUAUCGCAAUCACACACAUAUCUGGGAUAAUCCUAGAUGUUGUCGCAGUAAAUUUUGCUAGUGUGGACAAAGCUUUAAUGAUUUAAUUUUGGACAUGUUGACUGCCAUUGAGGACCUCACCAAUUUUUCCAAGAAAAAUCAAGCACUGCAUAGUUUCUACCAAAUUACAACAAAUUCUUACAUUCAUUUUCAAUCCAUAGUGGAGAUGUAUUUGGCAUUGGGACAUGUUCUUCAGUUACAUACAUGUGCCUGAGUUUUUGUACUGUUGAACAAUUGAAUAAUUAUAAAACUAACUAUAAUUAUAUGAUAAUUUACAAUCCACCACUUGAAGCAGCAUACAGUAUUAAAAAUUUGUUUAUGUUUUGUUUAGCAAACUAUAAUUUUGAAAAUUUUUCAAAAGAGGGUGGAAAGAAAACAAAAUAUAAUUUUGUUUCAUAUUGCAUUGCAUUUGUAAAGAAUGUGAUGUAGCGACAUAAAACGUUUAGUAAAUUUACUAAUAAAUAGUGUAACUGAGGAACAAAAUAAAUGCAGAAAUUUUUACGAUGGCUGCAAUUAACAGGUAAAAAAAAUUAAUUUGAUAUAAUAAUUAUCUGCAUGUGGCAGGUUUGCGAAACAAGGUAUAAAAAAGUUAUAAAAGUCUUGCUUACAAUAACCUUCUGUGAGAUGAGGUAUGCUACAGUGUAUUGCAGAUGACAUACAUUAUGACACCAUGUGACAAUAGAGAGCUUUCGAUUGGAUGAAACGGUGGGAUGUAGAAUGUAAUGAAGUCAUUAAAAAGUCAUCUGCGCAUGUGAGAAUGUUAAGUUCUCAUCGCGUGGAUUUUAGGACACAAUUUGACCAAAUCUGUGUUGUGCAGGGAACAUAGGAUGGUCACAAUUGAGUGAAUCCAUUCUAGCGUCGCGCCAUCACGCAAAUCGAAAGCUGCUGAUUUCACAUCAGUUUUCUACGAUAUGACAGCAUUCAGCAUGUUAAAAGUUUUACUGUUCUUUAUUUUGUAUAUUUGUCCACAAUGAUACAAUUCUGCUUGUAUUUUGGUAAGAAAUUCAUCUAGAAACACAAGAAUGGAUAUGUCGGUAAUCAUCAGUGGACCCGUAUUAAAGAAAAAUGAGAAAGCAAAGGCAGUGCUAAGUAAUGUAGGAUCUCACUGAGAAUUUGUUGCUAUCUAUAAUGCAUUUUCAAUAUUCCUAGUUAAAUUCAGGUCAUCAGCCCCUUUCCCUAAAAGUGACCUCUUUUUAACAUUCAUUUCAUGUUGAUAUUUUAUUUUAAUAUUCAAUUUCAUCAAUGAAUUUGAUUAGUAUUUGAAUCACUAUACUAUUGGUAAAUUAGUUGACGCAGAAAAAAUGUAACAUUUGGUAGCAUGUAUGUAACACCUGCAAAGGUAAACAUCUGUAAAUGUGAACACCUGCAAAAUUUGAACAUCUGCAUAUUGUAGGUUAACAUCUGCAAGUUGAACACCUGGGAAUGUAGACACCUGGUAAACAUCUUGUUUAGGGGUGAUGUGUGAAUAACACAUUGAUAACCUUCUCCAGUCCUUGGAUUAUCUUUCUCAAAGCUGUAUGGAAAUGUAUUUACAGCUUUAUUAUACACUGAAGACUAACUCAUUAACUUAUGAAUGUAGUAUCUGACGAGACUCAGUUAUGUUUGAUGCAACUUCAUAAACCUUCCUUUUUUUAUAACAAAAAAUAAUAUAUAUAUACCAGAGGUUAUUUGCCACUGCACACUGCCUUCAAACUUCACUGUAGUUUCUUCAAUCUCUCAUUUUUAUUAGAAGCUACCUGUAGAACACUGCAAUACAGUGAUAGUCCAUAUGCUAAUUAAAGUAUUACAAUUAUUCAAUUAAUGAAAGUAAUUCCAAAGGGCCUAUGUUACUCUGAAAUUUCUCUAUAGUGUAACUUUGAGCCCAAAAGAAUAUCAGACAGUAUGAUAGAUACCGUGUAAUGAAUUUUAAAAAUACUGUAAUGAUUUUAAAAGUUGGAUCUAGCAUGGAGUUUAAAAAGGUAGAAAUGUUCAGAAUGUUUUCAGAAAACUUCACUUCAAAAGAUAACAUGGUCAUUUAUCACUGUAUAUCCCAUCUUUCCAUUGUUUGAGUGUAUUUAAUUUAUUUAUAUAAUUAAUGUGUAAUUGGAGUAAGUGUUUGUCGACCAUAACAUGUGUAAAUUUAAAACUAGCCCUUGCCGUGAGCUGGACUCAGCAAUGGUGUAAACUAUUUAUACCAACAUUGAAUUUUGCACAUUUCUUUCGUUAAUAAUUUAUACCGGUUCUGCAAAUGUUUGUAACGUGGAAUAUGUAGAUAAUUAUCAUUAUCAACUAUAUAUUAUAAAUGUUUGUUAUUAAUAUUCUGUUUAAGCCUUUACUCUGUUCUGCAAAUGUUCAUAUGCAGAAUAUUUAUAUCUGUAUGCUAUUUGAACAGUACAGUAUUCUGUAUGCAAAUUGUGUAUUGCGUAUUGCGCUUACUAAAAUGUUUAACAGUAUAUACUGUACAAACUUAUAAAACUGUAAAUAGUAUAAAAUAUACUGCUUACACAAUAUAUUCUAUACUGUAAUAUACUGUUGUUAAUAUACAAUAUCUCUGUAUACAUUGUGUUUUGUACAUUUAUUUUAUUGCGUGCAAUGCUGUAUAUUUUACAGUAUAUGUAUUAUACAGUUUAGACUUACUUUAUAUACUGUACUGUACAUGUAACUGUAAAGUAUAUUUAUAUCAUCACUGACAUACUGUUUAUAUUGUAUAUAUUGUACAUAUGUAAUGUACAGUAUGUACCAAUAAUGUACUAUGCAUUAUACUGUGUUUCUGUGCAGUAUAUGUACUGUACACAUUGUGUACAAUAUGUUUAUAUUAACAAUAUAUUAUUACAUUGUACAGUAUGCUGAGCAUACAGUGUAUUUAUUGCAUUAUGUACUGUUCAUUCUGUACAGGAUUUUAUUUCAAGAAUACUGUUUAUGACUGUUUACGGUAUAUACCCUGUACAGUAUACUAUACAGCACACUGUUCAUAUAUUAUAUACAGUGUUCAUUUAAAACAAUAUGCUACAGUGCUGUUGUAAAAUUACAUCAGUAUAUGUACUGUUCAUAUAGUAUUUUGAAUCAACAGGAAUGUAUGUUGUAAAAAUGCUGUACAGCUAUACACUGUUUGUACAAUAUGCACUCUGUACACCUACUGCUCAUAUACUGUUCAUAUACUAUACAAAUACUGGUAUUUUGCACAUGAACAAUAUGUACUCUGCAUUAACACUGUUGUAAAAAUACAAAGUGUUAUGUAGCAUACUGUUCAUUUAAUACACUGUGUACAGUUUUUGAAUUAACAGCAUUGUAAUGUUGUAUAAAACUAUACAGAUUAUAAUACACUGUUUAUUCACUAUACAGUAUGUACUUUAAUAGAGUAACACUACUCUGUAAUAAUACUGUUAUUUACAAUAAAUCUUAUUUACAGUAUAAACUUAACAUCAUAUAGUAUAAAGUGUGUACAGUAUAUCUCCAGAUUUAAUCAUACUGUAUGUUAAUUUUAAAUGAUUGGCAUUUUAUUGGGUACAGAAGUGGUUUUUGUGGCUAAAGUUGUGUACUACCAGAGUAGAAAUAAUUAUAGUGGAUCUCAUAUUAUUAACACUCUGCCCGCCAAACACGUAGAUCUCCGUGUUCGGUAACGCAACGCUUGACCGCCAAACACGGAGAUCUCCAUGUUUCAGGUUUUUUACGGAAUCCGAUAGAUAGGGGAAUUACUGACAUGUACUAACAAUUUGAACACUAUAUUCAGUCUGGACCGUAAGUACUUCACUAUUUGUUUGUUUACAUUAGUAUAGAGCGGUAAUGAUUUACUUUCACGAAAUUGCGAUUAUCUCAGCUUCGUUGUGCGAAAUUGUGUAAAUCUCCAAAAGUGAGUCAUUUUCAUUUUACUGUUACAGGUCACAGAUUGUGAUUAGAAUAAAGUGUUUAGUACCAUUGUAUCUAAAAUGUUUGUAGUUCUUGUAGUAUUCACUACCUGUCAAUCUGAUCACAUACGCACUCUCAACAAGCUUUGGAAAAGUGCAAAAAACUUGCUAAAAUGUCUGGCGGUGUCUGAUACUAUUUUUUCAAACCCCUGGCGGUCAGAGUGUUAAAAUAAACCAGUAUAUCCAGAAAAUAUGAGCCCAUAAAAGGUUUUUUACUUGUUUAAUUAAAUGAUACAUUGUGAAACUUACAGUAUCUUAUACAUAAUCCCAAUGAAGUAUCUAUCUUUAUGAUUUUUUAUCAAUCGAGCAAUCAACCAAUUUAUAUGUAUAGUAGAUCUCACCUUCAUAACCAAUAGCAAAUAUGUAUAUUAUCAUGUGGGAGGGAACAUAAUUAUCAUAUUUAUUUAAAAAAUAUAAUCCAUCUCAUUCUCUAAAUUAUGUGUACUACGAAGUUUGUAUCCUAGCACAGAGCCACUAAGGUGUUAAUGUAUUUAUUUCUGUAAUAUCAAUUUAUACGUUGGAUAGCAAUUUCACGACUGUUAAAUCCAUUGUUGUAAACGAUGAUGAGCAUUAACCCAAUUAAUUAUGAAUGCUGUUAAGCAUCAUAACCGCUGUGUUUUAUCUGUAUGGCUAGUACCAAAGUUGAUUUUUUUUGUGUAGCUACUGAAAUCCAGAUUAAUUAGCCUUGCUACCAUUUAAUGAAGUGAUAUGAAUUUGAGUGAGGAAAUAUGAAGAAGAACCAUAAAUACUACAGGAAUAGAUGUAGCACACACUGUGGCAAAGAUUCCUUGAAAAUCUCCCAAUUUAUUUCAGCGAUUUGAAAUUGAAAUACAAUUUGAUAUCUUAAUUCUUUUGGCAAAAAUGCGCAAUUCCUAGAGAAAAUAGGGGGUAAACAUAUUUUCAAUCAAUCAAAUGUAUGCUAAGUAAGAUAACUCUGCCCUAGUUGUUUUCGUUCGGCAACGGGUCGUAUGUGUCAUAAUCUCACUCUGUUCCUAAGAACGGAAAACACUUGCUAACCAGCAUUAUCUGAAUGUUUGCAAGAAAAAAAAGAUAAUUGCCACAGGCUUGUCAAAGUACACAGAAAUACUAUAGAAGACUUGGUUUUCACUGCUUCCCUACAGAUUAAAAUCAGGUGUAAAAAUUGAUUUUUAAGAGUGUAAUACAUGUCCACAUGACAGGGCCAUGUUAAUAUACUAUUGAUUGUAGCAUGCAAUCAUUAUCCAAAUUUCCUUAAUAUAUAAAUUACAUGAUUAACUAUGGGAACCUUAAAGUUUUUCUUUUAUUGAAACCUACAUUUUUCUACAUAGUGACAUAGUUAUCGCAUUUCAAUAUAUACUUCCAUUUAAAUAUAUUCCGAUCCUAGAAUUAAACCAAGAAUGAAUAACUCAGGAAUUCAACAUCCCUCCCAAAUAAAUUAACCUCAGAUCGCAUUCCCUCAUCAUUCAUGGCUGUACACACGUUUUAAAAACCAACAGGGGCUCUGAACUUUAAACUGAUGAAUUGAAUAUUGACAACACAUUUUCAUAGAUUUCACUUGAGCUUAUUAUGUGGGCGGUAUUGCAGUGUCAGUAUCCUUCGUAGAUAAGCUACAUAAAUUAUAUAAUUUAAGUAAUUAUGCAUUCCAAGCUAUUUUCUUGAAUCUCUAGAUCUCCUGUAGUACCAAAUGGCCUAUUCUAUAUAUAAUUAGAUGAUUUCAUGCUACAAAGUAGCACCUAGAUGUUAUAUUCAGUACAUAAUAAUUAAAGGAUGAUUCUCUGCUACAUUAUUGACCCAUGUAUUCUUUGUAGCAGCAAAGAAUUAACAAAGGAUCUUCUUGGGUAGAUAAUAUUUGUAUAAUUUUAUGCCAUAGUGUUGAUCCCAUAGACUUGAUAGGUGUAGCAUGGUUUUUUUUAAUAUGGGUGAUUGCAAUCUUCCAUGCAUUGGCUCAGUCAGCGCACCAUUGGAGUAGCAAGGAUAUCUUCUUGGAUAGAUAAUAUUUAGAUAAUUUUUUACCGUAGUUUUGAUCCCAUAGAUGUAGCAUGGUUUUUCAACAUAGGUGAUUGCAUUCUUCUAUGCAUGGUUUUUUUUUUUUCUGUAGCACUAAAUUAUUUGAUACAUAGUGGACAAUCUUAAUAUAUAUUUUUCACCCAAACAUUAGUUGACAUUUAGUGAGAAUUUUGUAUACCUGGUUUUGCGAACCUUCCGCUCACUGAUAAUGAUAAUUUCUAAUAAAAGUUUUAUUUUA